AUGGGUAAGAGUGCAGCGGAGCAACGUGAUAAUAAAAAAGCAACGAAAACGAAACUCAAUCUGGUGGAAUUAGCAGCACUGCGUACAAAGAAUAAUUUACGUCAAAAAAAGUAUCUUAAGAAUAAAACAAAACGAUUAAUUAAUAAACCUCCACCUGUUGCAUUUAAAAGUCGUCUGCCGUUUGGGAAAGCUAUCAAAAAAGUUAAUUAA